GAUUGUAUAUAACCUUUUGCUAUGGGAUAGCAAUAUGAUUUCAACUUGGAUACCUAAUGAAUUUUAUACCAAAUAAAAGCCCGUCAAAAGCUGGAUCUAUGACUAUAAUUAGCAAUUCAAUAGAUAGAGAUGACUGUUUCAACUUUUAGAUGUACAAAACUGAACAUAACUUCUUGCGAAAGAAGUACAGCAUUAAGUACAAAUGUCACAGUUACAGUUGAUAUAUCAAGUGAAACCUUUAUUAGAUCUGAAUAGAAAUAAUACAUCAGUACUUAGUGUGGCCGCCAUUGGUUUCACGUACAGCUCUUAAUCGGUGAUGAUACGAUUUCAGUAAAUUUUCGAAAAGUUCUCUUUCGUUUUCAAGUUCAUGAAGAACGUUGCGAAAAUGUUUAGGCAAAACAAUUGGAGAAUUCCGAUUGGAACCGCGCUCGCUAGUCAUCAGACUUUCUACUUUGUCCAUCAAAAUUUAUCUAACAUUUUCCGCUACAUUAAGACCCGGAGGGCUUCCCAGCCAUUUUGUUCGAUCAAAGAAAUCAAUUUCCGAGUCUUUGAGCAAUUGCUGAGUGGCAUUUUCUUUGUGGUACGGAGCAUUGUCAUGAAGAUAAACGACUUCUGCUGGAUCUAAUACCUUUUCAGAAUUAGAAAGAAAUGGAAUCACCUUUUCUGUUAAAGUACGUUGCCGAUAAUAAGCUUCAUCCCAUGAUGCACCAUUAUCUUUGAUGACCCAGAUCAAUUUGAUGGCAGUAAAACAGAUGAAAACUCCAAUGCAAUUCGGUUUUGCACAAACGUCUUGAUAAUGCUCAUUGCUUUCGACAUCUUCCAGAGAAAGCGACUACACUCUGUCGUUUUGAUAGUUCGGUCGAUGAACAGUCCAAAUGCAGAAUUCAUCAGCUGGAGCAAGGUGCACGAAAUCAUGUUCACUCCAAUGACGCAAAUAAUCGCAAAACCAUACGCGAUUUUCUAUGUUUGUUGCUGACUUCAUUGGCUUUGGAACCACAUGAAAAGCCUUUAGCCCAUGUUUGACACGGUAUCGUUGAAUAGUUGAUGGGCUAAAGACCUCUCUGCGCUUCUCGAAGAUCUCCUUCGCAACUCGUUUGCAACUUCUGUCUUUUUCCACUGUUUUCCAUCACAAUUCAUUUGCUUUCUUCAGACAAUUUUCCCGAUCUUCCAUCGCCAAACUUCGGAAAGCACUGUUCGUAUCCUUUUUUCCAGUUCUCCGUAACCUAUCUUUCACUACGAUGCAGUUUUUGAGCGAUCAACUUUCGAUUGAUAAACGUUGCAACUUCUUCUAUUGCUUCUCAAUAGGUGUUUGCUCGAAUGUGAUCAAUUACACAUUUUUCUUCAUCAUCUCCAACGAGUCCAGCCAUUUUAUUAAACGAUGAUUAUGUAAAAUCUUAAACAGUAAUGGGAAAAUCAAUAAUAAAAGUUGAAAUAAAGAAGAGUAAAAUAAAAGGAAAAGCCCAACAUACACGUGACACAUGCGGUAGAAAGAGAGGAUGCUUUUAUGAAAAAAAGAACAAGAAGAAGAACAAAAGCAACAAUAGAAAAAAAAACAGAAUGAUAGAAAAUAGUGCGUACCUAUACGUCUGAAAUGUGAAUCGACCAUCCUUAUGUAUUGAAUUGCUAACUAUAGUCCUAGAUCCAGUUUUUGACGGGCUUUCAUUUGGUACAAAAUUCAGUAGGUAUCCACAUUGAAAUCAUAUUGCUACCCCCGCCUAGCAAAAGGUUAUGCACAACCCUGUAUACAAGUAUUAGCUAUUAUCUAUAUGUGUUAUUGGGAUCAAGAUUUCAUCAAAUAUCAAGCAAGACAUAAAGGAAUGUAUGGAAUGUUUGUUUAAUAUUUAUUGAAUAAAAUCAUAUAAAUUAAUUAAUAUUAAUCCUUUUUAGAUAUAUCGAUGAUAUACUCAUGGUAACUAAUUAAACAACAGUUGAAAUUCAAAAAGAACUCGAAAAAGCCACGAAUCAAGAUCUUAACACUAAAAUUAACUAUGAAAUCAAUGCUUCAGUAAAUUUUCUCGAUGUCACAGUUACAAAUGAAAAUGGACAAUUGAAAACAUCUAUUUAUCAUAAACCAACGACUGAACCAUAUAUAUUACCAUAUGCAUCCGAUCAUCCACGACAUAUUCAUCGUAAUAUACCAUAUGCUGCGUUAAUGAAUGCAGCUCGUCUUUGUUCUAAGGUACAUGAUUUUAAUUCUGAACAACUACACAUUGAUAUGUCAUUGUUAUUAAAUGAUUAUCCACCGAAAUUUAUAAAGAAACAAUUUCAUCGAUUUUUCGAAUGCAAUGAUACUAUGUCGGUAUGGCGAGGAUUAGAUGAACCUGUAUAUCAUCGAUUACACCAACGGUUAUUGUAUCAACCAACAAGACGAGAAAAGCUACUUAAAAAUAUGUUACAAGACCCGAUUCGAUCACCGACAGCAUUGCAAACGAAAAUAUGGGACAAAGACAUCAUGUUUCCACGUUAUUAA